AUGGACUCCCACCCUGGGGAACCAGGGCUCCUGCUCUGUGAGACCUGUGACAUGGCUUUCCACUCCUCCGCCCUGUUAGCCACCCACACUCAGCGCUUCUGCAUUGGCCGCCCGACCCAGGAGGUGACACGUGGGGCACAGCUGUCAGAAGCUCCUGAACUACAGGGUGCUGUGGUUGUGCCACAGGAACUCCACGGCCUCCCAGACCAGGAGGCCAGUAAAUCUGCUCUAAAGAGGUUAACACAGGAGGUGCAGUGGCUGCGGCUGUCCCUGCAGGAAAUGCAGCCCUGGAGAGCCGAGGUCCCCGGGGGGCCCACGAGGCCCUGGAGACUCUCGGGGGCGCCGCCCCAGGACCCCGCCCCCGAGGCUGCAGGGAGCCCCGGCGAGCGGCUGCGGGCGCUGUACGGGACUCGUGCGAGGCGCCUGGCGGAGACGGAAGCACAGAGCCGGGCCCUGGAGCGCCGCCCGCGGGCCCCGGCGCCGCUGGAAGCUGUGCCCGGCGGCCGAAGCUCCGGGUUUCGGACCCGGGAUCUCCCUGCGCGUCGCCCCCGCCCCAGGACGCGGCUGAACUGGCAAGAAGCAGAACUCUGUUUUCCGGUGCUGCAGGCCCACCCAGGAACACUGGCCGCCGAAAUCGGGGCCCUGCGUGAGGCCUACGUUCGAGGUGGGGGCCGGGACCUCGGCGUUCUGGGCCAGAUCUGGCAGUUGCAAGUGGAAGCGUCAGCCCUGGAGCGGCAGCGGUCGCGGACGCGCAAGGGAAGGGCCAGUGCCGCCUCGGAGGAGCUUCUACUAGUGGAGGCCGAAAACCGGCGCUUGGAGACAGAAAUUCUGGCUUUGCAGAUGCCAAGGGGCCCGGGCCGGGCACCCUGGGGACCCGGGGAGCUGCGACCCCCGGCGGGGCCCAGCCUACAACCGAAGUGGAGGAGAGAUCCCCUACUUCUCCCGCCGCCAGUGGCGCCCCCGCUGCCGCCUCUUCCAGGCUCCACAGAUUCGCAGCUUCCAGGAACAAGGACCGGGAACCGGGGUUUGAACCCACACUUCCUCCUGCCCACAUCUGACGUGCUGGGCCCUGCACCCUAUGACCCUGGGGCUGGCCUGGUCAUUUUCUACGACUUCCUGCGGGGCCUUGAGGCUUCUUGGAUUUGGGUGCAGCUUACCACUGGCUUGGCACGGGAUGGAAAGAAUUCCGGAGGGACCACAGCAUUGCCUCCAGCCCUUUGCUUGCCCCCACCUUCAGCUCCUGGGCCUAUGGGCAACUGUGCCAUCCUUGCCAGCAGGCAGCCUGUGCCCAGACUGCCACCCUCACCGUCAGUAUCCUUGGUCUGUGAGCUUCAGGCCUGCCAGGACCUGGCAUGGGCUAGGGCACCACAGUCAAAGGCUUGGGCCUCACUCAUGCUUUUUGAUGGAGACCAGCGAGUGCUAAGUGGCCACUGGCGCCUCCCACUUCGGGCCCUUCCUCUGGAUGCCAGCCUUAGCCUUGGGCAGCUGAAUGGGAUUCCCCAGGCAGGUCAGGCUGAGCUCUUUCUGAGGCUAGUGAAUGCAAGAGACGCAGUUGUCCAGACGCUGGCAGAGAUCAACCCAGCAAGUGCCCAUGAGUACCAGUAUCCACCUCCGGUGCCAAGCUCAUCUUCACUGGAAGCCAACUCCCUCACCCCCACAGCUGGCUUUGCUGAUCCCCCACCUCCUGCAGAAGCGCCCCUCAGCAGAGUCAAGGAUAAAGAUGAGGAUUUGGGUCCUCACCGGAGCUGACUCACCCCCAAUGAGUUUCUGAACCCAGGUGAAUGUGGGUAUGAGCCUCUUAACAUACACAGGACUAGGGCCUAGAGAUAGAAGCCUACUCCCAAACCUGCAGCUUUACUAUUACAUGUUCUUAUAUAGGGUUGAGAAGCAAAUAGCAGAUGAAUAAAAAAUAUGAGCUCUAACUACAGCCUUAUCACCUCCCACAA